UCUUCGACUUCACCCUCGUUCGCUCGUGGACAACUCACACAGACGUGGUGCCUGAUUGCAGGCGUGGAGAGUUGAAGAUCUCCGCCUAACUUAUCAGGCCCCAACGUCAUUAGGUCAUUCCUCCCUAUCUCUCUCUCUCUCCGCAUCGGGCUUCCUCUUCCCUCCCACAUCCAAAACAGCGACAGCGAGCCCUUCUCUGGACCCUUUGUUCGCAUCAUUUCCUUCGUUCUAGCUGCCUGGAGUUGGUGUUUACUUUUCUUACUAGGGUUCUAAUCGAUCUUAUACUUCCCUUCUACCCUUUUCGAUCUUUGUUUGAUCUCCCCCAUGACCGCUGGAUACGACUAGACGGCCCGCACCCUGGGCGUCGCCCCCCGUGCCCUCAGGAUGGCUUAUUUCUUGCCUUCGUUUUUUCAGAAGCGGCUGCUCCGGUAUGCUUUGUCUCGGUUAGAGCUUGUGGAUACGGAGGCGUUGGAUCUCGAUAGUUUGGGGAUUCGAUGGGGUCAGCGGAGUACAGUUGAGCUGCGGGACGUUGGGCUGAAGCUGGAGAAACUCGCCUCGCUCCUUCGUCUACCGAAAUCCUGUGAGCUGCUGAAUGCCCGCGUCCAGUACCUGCAGAUCACGGUCCCCGCCGACAUCUACAGCAGCGGGAUCAUCUGUGAGGCGAGAGGCAUCGACGUACAUCUAAGACUGGUAUCGGAGGAAAAGGACGAUAGGCAGAAUGCUCCUCCGCCGCAGCAGCACCCGGCGGUGCAUGAUCCUGGUGGUGACCAGAUUCUCCCGAACCCGACCGACCUCGCCGCGUCCUUUCUCGAGACUGAACUGACGAAGGAGAAGGAAGAACUACAGGCUGCCAUUUCGUCAAGGUCUCAGCUGUUGCAGCGUCCAUAUGUCUCGUCCAGCGAUGACGACGAGGAUGAGCUGGGGCUGGGGAACGAGACUGUGUCGCUGCCAAGUUUCGUGGCGGGGUUCUUGAAAGGCGUGGCGGAUCGGCUGCAAGCCAAAGUGACCGGUAUCGCUGUGCGGGUAGAUAUGGAAGUCAAAAAGGAGGGGGAUUGCAGGAGACUCUCGGAAGACCAGCUCGACCUCCUGACGGCUGUCUUCAGUGUUCAGGAACUACACAUACACCCUGUAUCCUCCGCCCCGGCCGGGGCGGCCGAGGAAGACGGCAACGCGCCCGGAAGAGAGGGGAGACGACUCAUAUCUUUGUCGAAUAUCCACGCGACGUUGGUCUCUGAUCCGAUAGUGUUUUCUAAUUAUUCUCGUUUCGCGGUGCCGGCCUCGUCUCCGUCUACGACCAUGCAUUCAAAGGAGGAGGACCGAGUGUCGAGUCGAGCCUCCUCCCCUCUGCCGAUGCCAUCGCCCAGCGAAAGCACCAUGCUAGCCAUGACACACUCAACGAUUCUGGACCCGCCACCGUCGACUCAUGAUUACAUGACAAACUCCGUCGCCCGUGAGACGGAGAUGGAGGCUUCCACUUUCACCUCCGAUGGGCAAUUCUCAGAUGCAGACACCGAUGCAGAGUACAGAAGUGAUGGCUCUCUAGAUGGUAGCCAUAAUUUCUUGGAAGAUGAGGCUAUACUUGAUAAUCCGGAAUAUCUGGACUCAGUCUUAAAUUUGCAGAUUGAUGAAGACGAGGAACCCGAGGCUUCCACAAGCUUGCCGCCGGAACUGCUACCGCUUCCACCGAGUGCUGGUGAUACUCCACGACUUUUGUCGCCGCAGUUGCAGGAUUCUGGGAGCCUGUCACAAGAUCGCCCUGUUCAUAUAUCUGGGAUACUUGGAAGCAGUGGACUUCAUGCGUAUCCCCGGAGAUCUCUUCUGCACGGCGACUUCGGUCACGAUGCCGAGGGGUAUGGGGAAAUGAGUAGUCAAGAAUCGCAAACUCUCCCUCCUGGGUCGAGCCGUGGUCAGGAGGAUCUUGGUUCAAGCCAUGGCUAUCCCUCGUCGGUCGCAGGAAGCUCCAGCUCGAAAUCAGAGUCUUCUGUUGAUGAAUUGUCAGAGUCUAAACUUUUCUCUCACGAGGAAGCACAGAGCAUGUACAUGAGUGCUGUGAGCGAGGCGUCAGUUUCGGGGAGCUUUAUGCCCAAUAUACCAGGAGCUUGGGACUCGCCGACCUCCAUGAGGCUGGUCGAUAGCUACGCAGACCCAGAAUCGGCACCUCUUCAGCUGGAUAUCCCGGCAGAAGAAGAGGAUGGAGAAGGAGGAGAAGGAGAACAAGAAGAUACGGUUAUCUCUACGCCCAAGCUCACGGCUCAGCCAACGCUGCACCCUGACCUACCUGCCCUAUCUGAUAGUCAAUUGAAAGGUCUAUCAGAACCGCCUGCUCAAUCCAACCCUCCAUCUCCCGUGAUUAACAGGACACGGUCAAUGGCGAAGCGGCUCCUCGAGAUUGACAAAAUACAGAUCUGGCUCCCUUCAACCGAUCAGCGGCCCCCAAGGACAUGUCAGGAAGACCUGACAUCGCCCUACCGUAAAAGAACGAACAGCGAUCUGAAGGAGUCUGUUGGAAACCUCGGUGACUCUGUGGCGACUGACAGCAUGCUUUCGACAAGACUUUAUGCCUCGACCAGAUUCCGCAGCGACUCUGCCGAGUCAAACUUUUCUUCCGAGCAUCCAAGUUUCAAGUCUCGUCAGCCAGAUGAGACAUCACGGCCUCUGGAUGCCAACGAUGAGUUUGAUGAUAUUAUAGUCGAAGUCUCAUCCGUUUCUAUACAGUUUGACAUCGCUACCGGAUGGCUGGUAGUCAAAGUGGGACAAAGGAUCAUUGCUGCUUUUGACAACUCUGGGGAAGAGGAGUCUCUUGCAUCGAAGCAAUCGCCAGAAGAAAAACAGAACCCAUUCAGCCUAAGAUUCUCUUUGGGUAGCCUCGCGGUCAAGUUCCUAGAGCAUAUGCCAGGCCAUUACUGUUCUCCUGAGGACUCUCGCUUGCAUCUCUCACAGUCAUACUUCCCUUCUCUCGAAGAUGUCAUCCUACAGCUCUCAGCCUCUGGACUGAAGACACAUCUUUUAGCGACUGGCGCCAGUAUGAAAUUGAACCUCAAUGUGUCGAAAUUUGUCUUUGGCUUCGCGUCCGAAGAUCUGCUGUCGUUUAAUGAAGGCCUGAAGAUGCGGGAGUCAACCAGAGACAUUUUGGCCCCAACCCAUGGAGACAUUUCUCUAUCUAUAAGCAAAUCCGCAGAGUCUGCGAGAGUCCAUCUGACAACUCUUCCGGUGCACUUGAAUUUGAACAUACAGCGACUGGAAGAAGUUAUCAACUGCAUUGGAGGCUUGAGCACAAUUCUCGAGCUUGGGAGUUCCAUCUCAUCGGUCUCAACCGUGAGAGGGGCAAAACCAGAGCCUGCAGCACGGCCGCGUGGUGUGCGCUUCGAAACUUCGCCGCCCGCUGCGGACGCCCCUACGACGGCCCUGACACCGUGGAAAGUGAAUGCUCGGAUUGGUGGUAUUGUUCUGGAUGUGGUCGGCGAAACACACUACAUCAAAUUUAAGACAACUGCCAUUAAGGUUGUGAGCCGAUUCGAAGGCAUCGGCGUCCAGAUUGACAAGGCGAAAUUGACCGGACCCGUCCCACUCGAUGAAAGCCGAGAUGCUCCCGGAAAGGUGACGCUAGAAAAUAUCAGAUUGGAGUACCUCUUUGUCCCAAAGGAAACCGACUUGGAUCGGUUGCUUUCAUUGAUUACUCCGUCCAAAGAUAAAUACGAUGAGGAUGACGACAUCAUGCUUGACACUCUGUUCCGGCAGCGCAGACAAGGAGCCGUACUUCGAACGACCGUCUCUGGCAUGAAACUAGUGGUGACACGCACUGGCGAUUUGGAUGCUCUUUUACAGCUCGGCAACGAAUUGAACAAAUUGUCUACUGUGACCAAGUAUCUGCCGGAGGAUGACCGCCCGGGUAUCCUGCUGUUGACCCUGAUCAAGGAUUUGGUUAUAAAGGUUCAUCUAGGAGGACAAGUCGGCGAAAUCAACACACACAUGACCAAUGCAGAAGCGGCGCAUAUCACCAUGCCUUCCCUGACUGCUGCUCGAAUUGAUUCGAUGGCAGUUGUGAGAAAUGGGUCAGAAGAGCUUCUAGGCGAAGCUUUACCAUUUACUGCCGAGCAAGAUGUCAGCAAAGCGGCCCUUCCGAUGCUGAUGGCUCGUUUCAUACCAGAUGAGAUGGACCCAACUUUCAAGAUCAAGCUCUACAAUCUCCGUGUAGAGUACACCAUCCCAUCAGUGAUCGCCUUUCUCGGUUUGGGUGACAAUACAACGACUGGGGACCUCGCCGCGAACAUGGCCAAUUCUCUGGUUAACCUGGCAGAUCUACACGUCCCUGAUCAAGGGGUGAAGACCAAUUCAAGAGAUGAGUUGAUCUCGGCAUCUGUAGAGAACUCCAAGUCACCAACAACGCCAACAAGAUUAUCGCUCGUGAUGCGGGACUGCAUCCUAGGGCUGAAUCCUCGCAGUAUCCCCGCAAAAGCCCUACUAGUCCUUACCAGUGCCAAAUUCUCGGGUGCUAUCCAUGACCCGGAUUCCUCUGAGGCAACUCUCGAUCUCAAGAAGGCAUCAAUAAUGAUCAUCGAUGACGUUGAAAAUGUGGGCCGUAUAGAACCGUCUCAUCGCCGCAGCUCGUCCAUCAGCCAGAGCAGCCAGGUGCAAAGCUUGAUUGAUCUAGGCUACGUAACCGUCACAUACUUAUCAUCUGCGAUGGCCGUGGUGAAGCUAAUGAGCGUGGAUGAAGAUGGGACAAAAUCGAUUGACGUCGAGCUAAGGGAUGACUUACUGGUUCUCGAGACCUGUGCGGAUUCCACACAGACGCUGAUCAGUAUUCUCAACGGGCUCCAGCCUCCCACUCCGCCGAGCGCGGUCCUGAAGUAUCGAACCGAGGUCAUGCCUCUCCAAGACAUGCUCGCCUCCUUCUCCGGCGAUGCCUAUGCCACUGACCCGUUCUCCGGUUCAGAUAUGUCGGGCACUGCUGAAGGUAAUGCAGGGCGGAAUGCCCAUCCAACCCCCGCUGAUCCAGAAGAUGAGCUCGAAUACGUGAGCGACUUCUAUCCCCCGAGACCAGAGUCCGACGGCGGUGACCCACUCGCUUCUAGCAUGUCUGCUUCUAUCAUCGCUGCACCAGAUUCGCAGGACCUACUGGAUAGUUUCCAUUCACACUACCACGUUUCUUCAAGCAUCGGGGAUUUGGAAUUCCGCGACGAUCAUUUCGCCAAGCAGUCCGCUGUUGGCGGCACGGCGCACAGAUGGGAUUCGGCUCAUAACACGUACGGUCUUUCAAAUGAGGCGAAGCUCCAGAAGAGCCCCUUGCGGGUUCGACUUCGGGAUGUCCAUGUGAUUUGGAACCUAUUUGAUGGCUACGACUGGCAACGUACCCGCGAUACAAUAUCGCGAGCGGUCAAGGAUGUGGAGCUGAAGGCCACCGAACGUCGCGCCCGAGCAGGCCGCAUGUCUCCUGGCGUCGAAGACGAGGAAGAAUCGGUCAUCGGUGACUUCCUCUUCAAUUCCAUCUACAUCGGCAUACCAGCAAACAAGGAUCCGCGGGAGCUGAACCAGGACAUCAAUCGCAACAUUGAUGAUCUGAUCAGUGAAACGGGGAGCUAUGCCACCAGCACGACGGUGACCGGGGCGACAGCACGGCCUAGCCGCGGCCCGUCCUUGAAAGGCCGGAAGCUGCGCUUGUCCCGCAGCAAACAACACAAGAUGACCUUUGAGUUGAAGGGCGUCUGUGCUGAUCUUGUCAUCUUCCCCCCCGGGGCGGAUGAAACGCAGAGCUCUCUCGAUGUAAGGAUCAAAGACCUGGAGAUCUUUGAUCAUGUCCCAACCUCGACAUGGAAGAAAUUUGCCACAUACAUGCACGAGGUUGGGGAGAAGGAAGCAGGAACCAGCAUGGUUCACCUCGAGGUAUUGACGGUCAAGCCGGUCCCAGAGCUAGCUGCUUCGGAGAUCAUUCUUAAGGCUACUGUUCUUCCAGUUCGAUUACAUGUGGACCAAGAUGCCUUGGACUUCAUGAGCCGGUUCUUCGAGUUUCGUGACGAGUCCGCCCCGACCCCAAGUGCGCCAGGCGAUGUGCCGUUUCUGCAACGAGUGGAGAUUAACGCUGUGCGAGUGAAGCUGGACUUCAAGCCCAAGCGGGUGGACUACGCAGGCCUGCGAUCCGGCCGCACGACGGAGUUUAUGAACUUCUUUGUUCUUGAUGGUGCAGAUAUGGUCCUCCGCCAUGUGAUUAUCUACGGGGUCUCUGGGUUUGACAAGCUCGGACAGACGCUCAAUGAUAUCUGGAUGCCCGACGUCAAAAGCAACCAGCUUCCAGGUGUACUGGCGGGUCUGGCUCCGAUCCGAUCCCUAGUGAACGUUGGCGGCGGGGUGAAGGACCUAGUUGUGAUCCCGAUGCGUGAGUACCAGAAGGAUGGCCGGAUUGUGCGCAGCAUUCAAAAGGGCGCCAUGGCCUUUGCGAAAACGACGACGAGCGAACUUGUCAAACUGGGCGCCAAACUGGCCAUCGGCACGCAGACGGUUCUCCAGAGCGCCGAGGACCUCUUCAAUGCUCCCGGUAGCGCCGCCCCGGAUGACGACUUGACGGACGAGGAGGAGACCAAGCGGAUCUCACUCUACGCCGACCAGCCGGUUGGGGUGGUGCAAGGCCUUCGCGGGGCGUUCAGUAGCCUCGAGCGCGAUCUCCUCAUGGCGCGGGACGCGAUCGUCGCUGUCCCCGGCGAAGUGGUCGAGAGUGGCAGUGCCAAGGCAGCGGCGAAGGCCGUCUGGAAACGAACUCCCACCGUCAUCUUGCGGCCGGCGAUUGGAGUCUCCAAGGCUGUUGGGCAGACUCUCCUCGGAGCAGGCAAUACCCUGGACCCUUCGAACCGAAGGAAAAUGGAGGAUAAAUAUAAGCGACACUAAGUUUUCGACGCAAGAUACCCAUUUGUCUAUUCAAUUCUGAUUGUUUUUAAGGCCUAAGGACAAAAGAAAGGAGAAGGAUCCUUCUUCUCUUGAGCAGGCCUGAGGAAGCAUGUCCUUCCCCCCUGAAUUGUUUCAUAAUGUUCUCGCACCUCCGUCCAGUCCAUACUUACGUACAUACCCUUUAGCCCUGGAAGAACAAACUGAUGUGUCGCCAUGUGCGAAGGUCUUAUCUAAUGGCUAGCCAUUGGACGGACUUGCUGUUUUUCUUUUCUUUUCUUCUUGGUUUUCAUGAUGAUGAUAACGAUCUAUGAGCAUAAAUUGGUGUUGGCCUCUUUUCUUUCUCCACUACACUCCAUUUUUCCUAUUAUUUAUACUUCUGUGGUCUUGGCUCUUAGUUAACAGGUAGUCAGAUUACUCAGGGGGAGAAAGAAUAGAUUGACAGAUGACCAAGCUGGUAAAUUGAUCCUCUGCAUCAGAUGCAGCAA